AUGCCACGGGAGCAGCAGCAGCAGCACAGCAGCAGCAGCACAGCAGCAGCAGCAGCAACAGCAGCACAGUAUCUACGAGCUGCAGCACAUGGAGCAGCGCCAAAUGCCCUGGCAGUGGUAAUAGGCUAUUUUGUUGCCGCUGCUGCUGCUGCUGCUGCAGCACCCUGCAGCAGCCUACGCAGAAACAGCAGCAGCAGCAGCAGCAGCAGCAGCAGCAACAAGUACCCCUUCGAUGGAAAUGGAGUUGCUGCGGAGUGCAUCGCACAGGGCGGAGUGCAGCUGCUGCAGCACAGCGCUGCUGCUGCUGUUGCUGCUGCAGCAGGCAACAGCAAGAAGCGGCAGCAACCGGCCCCCCAACGAAGCCCCUUUCCGCAGAAGACGCUGCAGCAGAACAGCAGCAGCAGCAGCAACACUACACCAGCAGCAGCAGCAGCAGUAGCAGCACUACACCAGCAGCAACAGCAGCAGCGGCGAGAAGCCAGCAGCAGCAGCAGCGGGCUGCAGCAGCAAGAGCCGCUAGCAGCAGCAAGCAGCCACGAAGCACCAGCAGCUAGAAUUUGCUUCUUCUAG